UUCUGUGAGCUUUUCGGCUUUGAUCUCUGCGGGGGUGGGAGAGAGAGAGAGAGAGAGAGAGAGCGAGAGAGAGCGUCUCUCGUUCUCUUCUCCGUCAGCUCCUCCAUCCGACUACGAACAAUGCGAACUCGAAAACGCCCUCGCAAACCUUCGGACGGCGACGUCGCGCGCCGCGACGGCACGACCCACCAUGGGGAACCGCCUCAGGAUGAUCAUGAAUUUCAUCGGAGCUCUUCGUCCCGUGACUUGGACAAGGACGGUUAUGUUCAGGUGGAAUUGGCUGAAAUAAGGGAAAAACUGCAAUGCCCGAUAUGUCUAGGAAUCAUACGGAAUACAAGGGCAGUAAAGGAAUGCUUGCACCGUUUCUGCCAAGAAUGCAUUGCCAAAUAUAUGCUGCUGGGGGGUAAUGAAUGCCCCGCUUGCCACGAGCAUUGUGGCAGUGAUGCUCUCCGUGCUGAUCCAAGAUAUGAUGCUCUGAUAGAAGCAUUUUAUCCUGAUGUUGUCAAGUCUAAGGAAUUUGCUUUUCAUGUUAUUGUUGCUGAAGACUUGACUCGCAAUUCUUCUGAGAAGGCUACCAACACUGAUGCCGAUCAUGUUGCCUCGCUUCACAACACGUUUGUUCCUGCCCCAAUUCCUUUGGCAGAGCAUAGUAAUAAUUCAUCGAUACUGACUUGUAUUUGUGCACUUCGUCAUUGUACUUACUGAUAUUUCUUUCGUUUUGACGGAUCUAAAUGUCAGUCUUCCAUCAAUUGGAGUCAAUGUCAGCAUGUCUG